AUGACUCGAUAUAUCGCAUCACCGUUCCCAUCACCUCUGUAUAUCGGAUCCUCCGCUGCCGCUCGCGUCUGGUCCAUUAAACACAUUAGAGUCAGCAUCCUCGAGAACCUCUCCAUUUCCGACUUGGCCAGUAAUCUGAGAUUAUCGAGGGGUAUCUUUCAUGAUGUUGCUAGAGUCUUGUAUAGAUCGACGGACUAUGUGAAUUAUGAAAAAGUCCAGAAAGCUUGUACGAACGUUAGCCGAUUGCGAUACUAUACCAAUUUGAUCCGUCAUAUCAACCUUGGAGAUAACCUUGAAGUCUACCUGAAUCAGAGCCUAUUCAAUGCGUUCCCAUCACUUCGAUCGGCCGAUAGGGACGAUGAACAUUUGAUACUUCAAGAUCAAUCACCAAGUUCGUCACCCGACGAUCCACUAAGUUUCACCCGGACCAAGAUGAUCCUUUGGGAGAGGUAUCAUGAUUCAUUGGAUAUAGCGUGCGGAUAUUAUUUCAGAGAUUUGGUUGGCCAUAAGAUCCCCAUGGACGAAUGGGAGGUGGAUCGUAGAAUAAGCUAUACUUUCAUAUAUGAAGACGAAGAGUAUACAUCCCUCUCCGCCAAUGGCGAUUCCACUUUUGUUCUAAAUAGUUUUUACAAAUGUUGGAACGAAGGUACGGGUCUAUUCGAAUCUAUCAUUGAUGAGCUGGACCUAUCCUGUGUGUUGACCUCCAGGAGACUUUUAAGAGAAAUGACGGAUAUCUACCAAAAGCAAAAAGAUGGAAAAGACAUUUCUAUGCCAAGGAAAUUACGUUUGGCAAUAUUCGAAGAAGACGACAAUUUGACUUGUUUGACAGAGGUCUUUUCGGGUAUACUAGAAGAGCUAGAAAUGUACUACUAUUUCACAGGUCCCGUUGACGGUCAACCACCUUUGACCACUACGACUAUACAUUCUUUCUUCUCGAAAUCGUUAAAUUGGUCAAUUGGAAACAAGCUGAAGAGCUUGACAGUUUUGCUCAAGGUGGAGGAAUUAUCUCCAGAUACUAGAGGAUCGCUAGACGAUUUGAACCUGGAUCAUAGUGAUAAACGACAUCUACUAAAUCUCGAAAAAUUCUCUAUCACUCUGGAUUUCCAUCAGCUACCUACAUCUCAGAAAUCUCUCGAAGGUGUUUUGGACCGUAUUCCAGAUAUGUCUCAGAUCGCAAAGGGAAUGGUAGCUAUGGGAGGUACGGGGUGCGUGUAUACCUUAGAUGCUACUGGCUCAGAAAACGAUAAGGAGGUCGGAAAGGGUUUGACUAAAGCGCUUAAGGUUGAGAUUAUGAGGUUAUGGGUAGAUAGUCCUGCAGAAAUAGGCUGGGAACAUGUAAAAACGAAAUAA